AUGUCCAUGUUACCGAGUACGCUGAGAAAACUGGAGAAUGAGCGAAAGCAGGGUGGCUUAUAUCGCCCUAUCGCCAUAUGCACGAAACUCAGGAAGGGCUCGCAACCUCCUGCUGGCAAGGAAGACGGCGACCCUGGAACUGAGGCGAUUCGCAGGACGUUUGGUCCGCCUGUCGUUUCCCGAAUGUCGGACACCACCGAGACGAGCCUACUCGCAGGCAUGUCCUUCCUCACCGCUCUAUUUGAAGUCGACUGGCAGUCUGCAUCUGCUAUCCUCCGGGAGGAUGGGGUUCUGGAAUCAGUGACGGAUGCUCUCGAUCUGUUCCCUGACUCUACAACCAUCUCGAGGGCCGUUGCGGCCCUGUUCGCGAAUGCGAGCGGUCACAAAGCUUGUCGUGCCCUCAUCUCAGAACAGCAUGUCGAAUGGCUCGUUGCGAAAUCACGGCAGCCCACAGAUGACGUCCUGAAAGCUUCAGCUGCUGUCGCGUUGGUCAAGCUAUCGCGUGGUGUUGGGACAGAUGCGCCCCAAGUCGAGAGUAGCGGAAGGCGUGACGCCUCUGCUGGUGACGACGAACUGGCUAGGUUGAUGAAGGGCCUCGUUGUGGAUGGCCAGUCCUCGUCUUCUGCCGAUGCUGUCGAAGGGCUCGCCUACAUGACCACAGACCCUAAUAUCAAAGAGCUAUUAUCAAACGACGGGGCGUUUCUAUCGCGCUUGUUCUCCCUCGUUCCUCGUCGCAAGCCUGGAACUACAGGUAACCAGUCUCCCGAAGACAUCGCCAAGUCGCCUCUCUAUGGGGUAGUCGUCAUAAUAUUCAAUCUCUGUUCUUAUCGACCGCGCUUGACCGAUGAACAGGCCCAGAUCGCGAAGUUGCGCCGGAUGGCCAAUGCUCCGAAGAAUGGGGCAGCUUCAGAGGAGACCAGCCCUCUAGACGACGACGAACAUGUCAAGGCACGAGCCCGAAAGCUCGUGAAGCAUGGCGCGCUCGAGGCCCUAGUAGCAGCGGCACGAGCCGCGGACAGUCCUGCUGUCAGGCUCACUGUUGGCCAGGCUCUUUUGCACCUUACCGAAGACAAAGAGAACCGGGGAAAGAUCCUUCAAGCCGGAGGGUCUAAAGCUCUCAUGCGCAUCAUUCAAAGUAUCAUCCCCACCCAGAAAUCCACUGUACGGUCGUCAGCAGCACCUCAUCUCGAGCCCGCCGAAAUAGAGCCUAUCCAAGCCCUGGCCAAGUUGGCCAUCACAUCUGCGCCCGUGCAGGUGUUUGGACCCAACCAGGGCGCACUCUUCGACGCCAUUCGACCGCUGACCCUCAUGCUGGUACAUCCGACGUCGAACCUGCUGCAGCGCUUCGAAGCACUCAUGGCUCUGACCAAUCUGGCGUCUCACAACGGCGAGGUCGCCGAGAGGGUCGCACGCGCCGACGGGCUGCUCAACAAAGUCGAGCUGCUCAUGCUCGAAGACCACACGCUCGUCCGGCGCGCCGCGACGGAGCUCGUGUGCAACCUCGUCGGCGGAUGCGAAGAGGUGUACAACAAGUUCGGUGGCGAGAAAGCGGCGGCGUCCAAGUCGAAGCUGCAGGUGCUCGUCGCGCUCUGCGAUGUCGAUGAUCUGCAGACGCGGCUCGCGGCUUCUGGGGCAGUAGCCACGUUGACGACUUCCCCGGAUGCCUGCCAGAGUCUCUUGGAGCUCCAGCGCGAGCGCAAGCGCGUAUUGCCAGUCCUCGGGAACCUCGCGGAGGUCAACGGCGACGAUGACGACGAAGAGAAGUCGGUUGCACCUCAUCCUGGUCUGGUGCAUCGCGGCGUCGUUUGCAUCAGGAACCUCUUUCUGUCAUUGGCAACGGAGGCGGAACGCGUUGGGAUAGUACGGGCUUUGGUCGGUGUGGUGCAAGCCUCUUCGGCGAAUCUCGACGCGCCUGCCCUUCGACCGACUGCGGAGACAUUGAAGUGGCUGUUGGAGAGCGGUAUCCAGAUAACGGUGUGACGGGAUGGCUUGCAGACACUCGGAGCCGUUAUCGUAUUGGACAGGCGGACGAGCGGCACGGCACCGGACACAAGCAGUACGGAAGCCUUGUCGAAUCUACUGUGUUUGCACUGCUAACGUUUCGUCAAUGCCAGGAAUACACACUGACCGCCUCUUA